ACCUCAUCACAACGGAUGCAGGCUUCCUUGUGGGCUUCACUGCAGAGUAUGAUAAGUGUCGAAAGGGAAGAGCUAUUUCCAAAGAGUGCUUAUUAAAAGCCGAAUGCAUCCAUUUUAGCCAGACAUUCUUCAGUAUCUGUGAGAGUUUGAGAAUAUGUGGUUCACAUUUGUUCUACUUCAACUUCUGCCCCAAUUCGCCCUCAGUGCUCACUGUCCCAAUCGGUGCAUUUGUGACAUUAGGGGUUUUGCAAAAUGCACUGGGGACAUCACCGACGUUCCUCCUCUCGACCCAACAAGAACCUUCCAACUCUUGCUAACUGACACAAACAUAAAGAUCCUCAAAGACCGAAGUCUCCAGCCGUUCUCUCUUCUGCUACGACUAAUGAUCACGCACAGCACUCUAGACACCAUCCAACCAGAAGCCUUCCAUGGUGCUCCACAGCUUCGGUCCCUCAAGCUCUCAUCGAACGCACUCUCUGUCUUCCCACCCAAGGUGUUUAGUGAGCAGAGCAACUUGGAGCAACUGCAGCUAGAUGAUAACCAAAUAACUUCCAUUAGUUCGGAACUCUUUGAGGCGAUGGUCAACCUAACUGAACUAAAUCUGAACAAGAACCGCAUCUCCCAGCUGGACGCCAACGUCUUCCAGGGUUUGACCAAGCUGAAUUACCUAUACUUAGCUGAUAACCAACUGAGGAAUCUCCCGAAGACCCUCUUCCACAACCUUUUGCAACUCAAAAUAUUGGUGCUCUCAUCCAACCAGUUGAAGACUCUUGAAAGUGGUUCCUUUGACCAUCUAAGCAACCUGUCGAUACUAAUGCUACAGAAGAACCAAAUCCGAGAGAUCCCUCCACGUCUUUUCUGGCCCUUGCCAUCCCUGUUCACCCUUUCAAUGUCUGCCAACCAACUCCGAUAUAUUCCAGCCGAGAGCUUCUACUACUUGCCCAACUUGACCAAGCUCACCCUCUUCAAGAACCCCUUGAUAUCCCUACCUUACCAGCUAAUGGGACACAUGCCGAAGCUCCAAGAGCUGUACCUUUACGAAACCAAUCUAUCCACUGUCCCAUGGAACCUUUUUGCAAACAUGACCAAUCUACAUACUCUCAAUUUACACUUCAACAACAAGUUGACCUACCUCCCAAAGAACCUCUUCUGUUGUCUGCCCAAACUGAAUAAACUGUCCCUGAAGUACAACAACCUUCAGGAACUAGACCCGGAGCUCUUCUCAAACUUGAUCAGCCUUCAAAUUCUGAUGCUUAAUGAGAACAAGCUUGAGUCUCUCCCAUCGGCAAUCUUUCGCAACACCUCAAGACUAGAAACACUAGACCUAAACCACAACCAUCUGAGGUAUCUCCCCGGAGAUGUUUUUGUGCACGCAAUGGCGCUAAAAAAUCUCUCUCUUAGCGGCAACAAAUGGAAUUGCGAUUGUAGCAUUAUGGGUAUUGCAGAAUGGAUUCAUGAAAACCCAGAACGAAUCGGUGACUUGGACAAAGGAGUAACAUGCUAUGAACCGUACCGCUUAGAAAACCAUCCGCUACAAACGCUGACUUACGAGAAACUCCAUUGUGGUGUUUUCCAGACUACAUUAAUGGCUACAAGUGCCAUUACGACUUGGGCUCCAGUGAAACCAACCCUGCAAACAUCUACAGCUACAAGCACAACAGCAAGAAAUGCAGCUACAAGCACAACAGCAAGAAAUGCAGCUACAAGCACAACAGCAAGAAAUGCAGCUACAAGCACAACUACAACUGCAACUACUUUUCCAACAGACGCCUCUCUUCUUUCUUCUACACCUGAUCAUAUUUACAUGAAACAAGGCAAUGGUAACAACAAUGAUCCAGUGUUCUACGAUACAAUCGUGCUGGAUAACGGACCUGAAAUCGUGCACAACAAUCGUUACAAUGGCUGGGUGUACCUGUGGUCUGUCCCAUCAACGGGUCCCUACAGUGGAUUCAUGAUGGCUAUGUACAUUGUUCUCUUGGUCAUUGGUGUAGUCCUGAUUGUGGCUGUCUUGUAUGCUUUGUAUCGGCUUCAGAAGAUGAUUUUGCUUUUAGGAAAAGUCACAAUGGGAGAAAAUCAGAGAAUAGUGGCUAGAAGAAUGUGAAGCUUUAAAGUAAAAAAAAACAUCUUAAAAACCUUUUCAGUUAGCGAAUUGCUAUGCGUUUUCACAUUGUAGUGCAUAUUGUAAUUUGUCUAAUUUAACUCUAUACAUAUUUAUGAGGAAUAUAAAAUCCUGAGACCACUAAUCAAAAGCGUCGGUCUUGCAUUUUUCUCAUUUUAUGCAACAAAUUUAAUUACAAAUGAUGUGCAGCACAACUUAUGUGACAAGCUUUGAAAUAUAUAUAAUUGUUUUUGUAAGCAUUCAUUUAUACAGCUUUUUACAAUGAAUCUUUUGUUUCUUUUCUCAAUACACACAUUUUCCUUUCUGCAAUUUCCACAUUCCAGAGCUUUACAUUCACAAAACUGAUACAGACACACCCUUGGUGGUUGUUUGCAAAAUGUGUAAGAGUGAAUAAAAUGUUUCUGUUC